AUGCUGAGUUCUAGCUUGACCACUGUGAAGAGCCUUCCUUUGAAAAAGAGGCUCUGUUUUUUUUUUCUGCUGAAACUUGUAUGUUUUGAAAGCUCAGUGUUAGUAUUUUGUGAAUUUUUAAUUUAUUAUGUGGUAAUUUUUCAAUGUCAAUGGCCAGAAGUGAAAGGUGGAGCUCACAUGGAUGAAAAAGAGACUUCAACUUCAGUCCUAAAGGCCAUGAUUUUAGCUGAUACUCACCUACUUGGUGAAAUCAAAGGACAUUGGCUGGAUAAACUAAGAAGGGAAUGGCAAAUGGAGAGAUCUUUCCAAACUGCCUUAUGGUUACUGCAGCCAGAUAUUGUUUUUAUUCUGGGAGAUGUCUUUGAUGAAGGAAAAUGGAGCUUACCUCAGGCAUGGGCAGAUGAUGUCAGGAGAUUUCAGAAGAUGUUUAAAUAUCCAGUUUCUACUGAGCUGGUGGUGAUUGUUGGGAAUCAUGACAUUGGAUUUCAUUAUGAGAUGACUGCUUACAAGGUAAAUCGGUUUGAGAAGGUUUUCAACUUUACUUCAGGAAAGCUAAUAACUCGAAGAGGAAUAAACUUUGUCGUGGUGAACAGCGUGGCCAUGGAGGGUGAUGGCUGUGCUGUCUGCAGCUCCUCAGAAGCCAAGCUUGUGGCUCUCUCUCACAAACUGAAUUGCUCCCAGCAGAAACCGAAUCAUUCCAACAAAAGAUGCAGUGGUGUGGAAAAGCUUCCAGCUUCAGAACCCAUCCUUUUACAGCAUUACCCUCUCUAUCGGAAAAGCGAUGCUGAAUGCAGCGGAGAAGAUUCUGCUCCUCCAGAGCAGAAGAACAUCCCAUUUAAAGAAAAGUAUGAUGUACUGUCUCAGGAAGCAUCACAAAAGCUGAUAUGGUGGUUCCACCCCCGCCUGAUUCUCAGUGGGCACACACACAGUGCUUGUGAAGUGCUGCACGCGGGGAAAAGCCCAGAAAUCAGCGUCCCAUCGUUCAGUUGGAGGAACAGAAACAACCCUAGUUUCAUCAUGGGCAGCAUAACACCAACUGACUUCUCCCUCCAGAAAUGCUUCCUUCCAUAUGAGAGCAGAGUCUUUACUAUAUACUGUGCAGCAGGUGCUCUGCUUGUAAUCCUGAUACUAGCUCAUUUUCAGCUUCUCACUCCACCAUUUUAUUUUGCUCAGCAUUUAAUCAAUAAGCAUAAAGCAGUAUGAAGAGCCAGACAUCUGCAUUCAGUCACUGAAAUACCAAAGCUGAGAACAGUCAAACAUCAGACUAUAUUCAUGCCAGCAAAUGACCUAAUUUGAUUGCUAGUCUGAAGGCAGGUUGCAUUUACACAUACCAUAGAAGUCCUAUACAGCUGAUAUGACUACUACAGGAUAAAUAAUUAAAUGAAAUGAACGGUUCAUGCUGUACAAAAAUACUGUAUUCUACAAUCAAAUGAGUCCUUUUCCUGCUAUAUUUUUGUAUCAAAUAUGUAUAUUAAAAGUGUAACUGUACAUUAUGUAAA